AUGGAUCUUUAAUAAAGUAGUGCAAAUGAAAAGUAAGCUGAAUAACAAAUUAACUUUAAAAUUUGCAAAAUAGAUAACUCUGAGUUAAAUAUAUCGAAAAAAACAAAAGUGUGGUUCUUUUUGAGCUAUGCUGAUAUUUUUAGAUAUUUGCCGGUGCCUAAAACAAAUGAAGUAAGCACUUUACAGUCUUAAUCAGCCAGUAUAUUUGCAGUUUCGGCUCUACUAGGGUUAUUUAUCUAUGAAAUUAUUACCCUGUUACUGUUUAAUCAACCAAGAAUAACUUAACAUGACUAGCCUAUUGACAUUAAUUCUAUAUACGAUGCUCCAGACUUUGCUUUUGGCUUCUUUAUAGGCGAUAGCCUGCAAACAUUUUUUAAUGAUGAUACUUAUUUCGAAUACUAUAUCGCUUAGUAUUCUCAGUAGAAAGAUUAAAGUGGAACUUACCAAUCUGCUGAAAUUUAAUAGUAAAUUGCUAUGUGCAACCCAGAUUGGUUAAAUUUUUAGCUGUAAUUAAAUUGUCCAUCAAGUUCUUUAAAAAUAUAAAACUAAGAUAUUUAAAAUGAAUAAGUACUUUUUCCAACAGUAAAAAUUCUUUCAUGUAACGAAUAAAAACAAAAGGUUUUAGGAAAAUAAUGCAAAACUAGCCAAUAAGUAAGAAGCCUUUUCGCGUAAGGCAGGUUUCUUUUGUUCAUUAAAAAAUAAGGGUAGUAAAAUGUAAAAACAAAUGAGUAUUCAGACGAUUCUUAUGUUGUCUAUUAAUUCUUUGUAACAAUUAAAUACGAAAACAUAGGAGAAACAUUACUUGCUAGAAAAAUUUUGCAAUAAAAUCCAGAUUUCGCUCGUAGAUUUUCUCAAAAGAAAUCUGAAGAAUCAUAUUUCUAAAAUUUUUAUCAGCAUUUAAAUAAGGUUAAUGUUCAAUCUACUCCAAUAAAAAGACUGCUUAUGUAAGGUAGUUAAAUAAAUGACUCUUUAUUCUCAGAGUCAAUUGAUAUGCAAGAUUAGUAAACUAUAAAUUAAAGAAUUCUUGAAUAAUCUUUUAGCAGUUAAAAGUAAUAUUUCCAGUGGUCAUUAAAUUAAGUUUCUAACUAAAAAGUAAUAAAUUAGACAUAUAAAACAGUUCCUGAUUUAUUUUCUUUCUUAGGAGGUAUAUGGGAUCUUAUGUAUGGCGCUUUUGUAUUGCUGUGUGUAAAGAGAAAUGCAAAUAAAUUUUAUGCCUAAAAAAAAUCUUGGGGAAAUUUUGAUUUAUUCAUGAAAGAAAAAGCAAAAUAAAAAAGAAUAGAGGAAAUUAAUAAAAUCAAUAUUUAAUUAGAAUUAAUCCCUUCAGAAUUCAAGAAUUAGUAUAUAUAGACAAAUGAAAAUUAAAAAGGUAUUAAGUUCUAUGAUUUAAAAAAAAUAGUAAGUCAGUUUUAAAAAAAAAAUAUUAAUAAUAACAAUAAUAAAAUAUUAUGA